GCCUGGCCGCCGACGACUGUUCUGUUUCCGAAGUUUCCGUGUGUAUGUAUGUUAGUUUUUUCCCCAUCGUCUGUACAUGCCUGGGCUGUUGCACGUGUUGUAAGUCAAUUCGAUAAAAACAGUGUUUUUCUUUCGGUUUUAAAGUAAAUCUUCACAGUAGUACUUAGUAUUCAACAUAUUAAUCAGUAGUUAAUGUUAAUUCGAAAUGGGGAAAAAUCGUCAUAGGCUGAAAGGUUCCAAGGGAAAGAAGUGGGCUAAAGGGCACAGUUCUAGUUCCAACCCAUCAACAUCAAAACAUCGAGAUGCUGCAAAAUCAAGAUUCUUUCAGGAGAAUUUAGGUCUAUCAAAUCUAACGACUGAUGCUCUCAAGAAACAUGAUGCUUUCACAUUUGAGAAAAAACCGUCCGAUGCCAUGGACAUGGAGGAAGACGCACAAAGCGCCAACGCUAGCACGUUUAAGACCUUCGACACCUUUGCCAGUGACUGGAGCGCUUGUUCCAAUCAAUCAUUUGGCAAGUUGAUUAACAACUUCCGUUCGGAUUCGGCCAUACACAAGGAAAUGCUGGCGGUGCUGGCAGCAGUAACGGAGGUUAUCAAAGACCAAGGUGGAAAAGAAAGCAACACUGAGUACUUUGGAGCUUUGAUGACAACCUUAUCGGAUGUUGACUUGGAAGAGACGUCAGUAGCUGCGGUUCUCAAUCUACUGGGGAUGGGUAUCAAAGGGGUUCCUCAAGGGGUUCUGCAGGCCAGAUUCUCACAGUGCAGCAAAAUAUUUCUUGACCUUCUUGCCAAAUAUGCAGAGUCUGACAAUAAUGUAAUCAUGAAAGGGUUACUUGGUUGUAUAUCAGUCCUGCUGAGAGCGCAAGAAUCAGCUGUGUGGAAAGAACCAUCUACUAAAAAUGUGCUUGACUCCUUACUAGUCUUUACUGUUCACUCAAAACCUAGAGUUCGGAAGGCAGCGCAACACGCGGUCACUGCCAUUUUGAAGGGCAGUUUGAUGAUGCAGGAGGAGAAUGCCCCCGCCCACCACCCUGCAGCACCUCUCACAGCGGACUUCUGUGUGCGACAGAUGGAGAGCCACGGAGCUGGCACGACCACUCUACACGUCCUCGGGCUACUCAAGGAGAUCCUCGCUACUUUUCCCAGAAGUCAUCUUAAGACGACGUGCGAGACAAUUCUGAAGGUUAUGACUCUGGGCAACAUCCUGAUCAACAGCUGCGGUCUGCAAGCCCUGCACGGACUGUUUGUGUCACGACCGCCACUCGCAGUGCUGCCACCCGAUCUCAACGCUAAACUGAUUGCAGCGCUAUACGACUACCAACCGUCGGCUGUGGAUUCUCAGCCCACACAGGCCUGGCUGGCUGUCAUGCAAGAAGCAUUUAUAAACCUCAACAAGCAGGAUGCAGAACAGAGUGUUGCGAACGUGCCGCACCUCUUCGUCCUGCUGACGACGCUGUGGCUGUCAGGCAAGCCUGAGGUGACCAGUGCUGCCACUCUCACCAUGCGGGCUCUGGUGGAGGAGGUGGUGGGCCCGGCCUCGUGUCUACCUCAGCACAGGACCUCGGUCACCAAGGUCAUCGUCACGGUACAAGCAGGUCUCAAGUACCAGUACCACGCCUCCUGGACGCACGUGCUACAUAUCAUCGGUGUCAUAUUCAAGGCUUGUGGGGAGAACUGCCUGGAGACACUGAUUCCGUGUCUGGAGGCUCUGGCAGAUCUUAGAGACUCUCAUCAGUUUUGCUUCACCAGUGAGCUCGACUUCGCCGUGGGUCAGGCAGUUCGCUCAAUGGGACCUGAAGCCGUCAUCAAGGCCAUACCUCUGCAGUUGAAAGGAAGUGCGGAUUCUGCCCAGGAGUUCAAGCGUUCCUGGAUCCUACCGAUAUUGAAGGAGAAUAUCCAGAAGUCAACACUGAAAUGUUUUAUUGACAAUUGCAUGCCACUGGCUGUGUUUUGCAAGAACCAGUCGGCGAAGUUGCGCGCAGAGAACAACCAGGUACGUUCUCUCAGCUAUGACCUGAUGCAGUCCCAGCUGUGGGCUCUACUGCCUAGCUUCUGUACACAGCCGUCCGACAUUGCUGUCUCGUUUGCGGUAAUCGCUAAACCACUGGGGAGUCUGCUCAGCAACCAGAAAGACCAGCGGUUGUCUGUGAUGUCCGCACUGCGUCAUCUGGUGACUUACGCAAGAGAUAACAACCGGACCCAGGACGUGUCAGAGCUUGCGAGGUUCGCCAAGAAUUACCUGCCUAUCCUGUUCAACCUCUACACAACGCCUGUGAAGGGUUCUGAUGAGGAGGGCAUCAGGCUUGCCACCCUUGAAACAGUUAAGGUGUACUUGUCGGUGUCACCCAGUGAGCUGUGCUCGGAGCUGUUUGAUCGUGCUCUUGUAAAGCUAGACACAUUGGAGAAAACGAAAAACUUUGUCCGCGAGAGUGUUUUGGAUCUGUUGCGAUCGUUGGCCGUAUACCAGGACAUGGACAAGGUGAAGGAUCUCUACACACGGACUGUUGCCAGACUCAAGGAAACCACAGACCACAAAGAACAGAAGAAAUACUACAGGAUGCUAGAGGAUCUGUGUUCGAGUGACACAAAGGGAUGCAAACAGUUUCUGAACGAGUAUCUGCCAGAGAUUCGAGAUCUUCUACUGGAGUCACUUUCGACUUCAGCUCCUAGCAGUAAAGGGGUGAGUUAUUUUAUUAUAUUUGCACUUGAUGUAGCAUGGCUUUUGUUAGCCAUAAGUAUGAAGUGAGUACAAAUCUCUUAC